AUGAUACAAAAAUCCGACGCUGAAUGGCGUACUACGCUUAGCCCUCAACAAUACGCCGUUUUACGCCAGCUGGGCACGGAGCCGGCUGGUCUGGGUGAGUACGCACACACCCCCGCCACCAAGACGGGGGUGUACGAGUGUGUUGGUUGUGGUCAACCUCUCUAUAAGCUGCUGACCAAGUUUGACUCCCAUUGUGGGUGGCCAGCGUUCUACGAGGCUAUCCCGGGAGCACUCACCGUUCACAAGGAUACCUCUCACGGCAUGGUCAGAGAGGAGAUGCGGUGCCUGAACUGUGAUGGCCACUUGGGCCACAUCUUCCGGGGUGAAGGGUUUAAAACUCCUACUGACGAACGUCACUGCGUUAACUCGGUAUGCUUAAAAUUCAACCCUAACAAAGAUAAAUAG